AUGUACGUGAUAAAGCUGGCCCUAACUACUAUAAUGUUAUGGUUAUGUUGUAGUGCUUAUAUAAACGCAUUCAACAUUCCAGUAGCUCAACGGAUACGAAACGAGGAGCAAGAUCAUCGUGUAUUCGCUUCGCUUCUUCAUUUUGGAGAAGUUGUCGACUUGGGUAGGGAGGAAGUGGUCGAUUUUCGACCGAGAAGGCCGCAUCGCUACGCUACUGAACUUGUGGCUUUACCGGUCGAUUCUGAGUAG